GAUCACACCGGGUGUUACCCGAGCUCUGCUGACACAACCACACCUCCUCCAGCUUCACACAAGCAGCAGCAGAGCACUGGUUACUCAUUUCCUACCCAGGCACAACUGCUGGCCUGAACAGUGGUCACAGCACUGAGGAGUUUGGACCGUGGGAAGGGGGAGUGAAGCACAGCGCCGGUGGCCGCCCGUGACCUGUCACCAACCCCGAACACCCGCGGCCCAUCCCGCCGCUCCUCCUCCGCCCCACGGCCACGGGAACCCCCCAGAAACCCGCGUGUCCCGUUCUGGGCUCCUCGGGACAAGACAGACGGAGCUGCUGGAGAGGAUCCAGCGAAGGGCAGCAAAGAUGCUGGAGGGACUGGUGCACCUCCCUGUCCGGGAAAGGCUGAGGGAGCUGGGGCUGCUCAGCCUGGAGAGGAGCCUGAGCUGAGCGGGGCUCAGCCCUGGGUGUCCCUGUCUGUCUGUCUGUCCCUGAGUGUCCCUGUGUGCAGACAGGGGCAGAGCAGGGCCCAGGUUCUGCUCCAGGGCCCAGCAAUGGCAUCAGAGCAACGGGCAGGAACUGAGCCCGGAGAGCUCCACCUGAACUCCGCUACUGUGAGGCUGACAGCUGGAACAGAGUGCCCAGAGCGGGUGUGGAGUCUCCUCACCGGAUACCCAGAACCUGUGCCGUGUGUUCUGCCUGAGCAGGGAGGUGGAAGCGGAUGGAUUCCUUCGAACCUCACCCGCUCCGUGAUUCUGCGAUUAUAGAAAUUGUGUGAUUUCUGUGAUUCCCCUGUUCUCUGUGUCCCCCGGCUUCACACCAAGGGAGCAGCCUCGGGGCUGCGCCGCUGACCCGGCCUCGCGGCCGGCCCUCCCCAAGCGCUGCCCCCGCCCCCGCCGCCCGGCUCCGUCAGGCACAGGGAGGUUCCGGAAAGAAAAGGAGGGAGGGAAAGAGAGAAGGAAAGAGACGGAAGGGCAGAAAAGAAGAGGGAAGGAAGGACAGGCAGCACUCACCGCCGCCGCCCCGCGCCGCUCCCGCCUCCCGCCGCCGCCAUAUUUGUUGUGCCACCCCCCGGCCCGGUCCGGCCCGGCCCCGCCCACCGCAGUCUCGCGAGACCAGCGCGCGCCGGCGGGAGCGGAGGUGUUGGCUCUGACGUCACUGGGGCGGUGGCUGUGACGUCACGGGGGCGGUGGUCUACGUCACGGGGCGGGCGCCAAAAUGGCGGCGGCGGCGGGAGCUUGGUUGAGGGGCUGCGCGAAGCAGCUGAGAAGACACAUGCCAGCACACUUGGCUCCUUGGAGGGUUUCUCCCCGUGUUUUUAGAUCCUCCAAAUCAGAACUCAAGCCAACUCUAGCCAGUGAUGGACUUGUCUGUGCUCCCCUUCAGAUGUUCACUGAAGAGGAGGCCAUGCUGAAAGACAUGGUGACCAAAUUUGCCCAGGAACGAGUUGCACCUUUCGUGCAAAAAAUGGACGAGAAUGCCAAAAUGGAAGAUUCCAUCGUACAGGGAUUGUUUGAACAAGGGCUGAUGAGUAUUGAGCUUGGGGAAGAAUAUGGAGGAACUGGAGCUUCAUUUUUUUCAAUCAUAUUGGCAGUGGAAGAAUUGGCCAAAGUUGAUCCAGCUGUGGCUCUUGUGUGUGAACUCCAAAACACUCUAACAAAUAAAUUGUUUACCACCUAUGGAACAGAAGAACAAAAGAGAACUUAUCUUCCCAGGGUGUCUAAAGAUACAUUAGGGAGUUUCUGUCUUUCGGAGGCUGGGUCUGGCAGUGAUGCUUUUUCCUUGAAGACUCGAGCUGAAAAGAAAGGAGACUACUACAUUAUCAAUGGCUCAAAGAUGUGGAUAAGCUUAGCAGAAGAUGCAGGAGUUUUUUUUGUCAUGGCAAAUACAGACCCAUCCUUAGGGUACAGAGGAAUUACAUGCUUCAUAGUGGAUCGUGACACAGAGGGGCUGCACGUGGGGAAAAAGGAGGACAAGCUGGGAAUCAGAGCAUCUUCCACCUGCCCAGUCACGUUUGACAACGUGAAGGUUCCUGAGAGCAAUAUCCUGGGACAAGUUGGACAAGGCUAUAAGUAUGCCAUUGGAAUGCUCAAUACUGGCAGGAUAGGGAUUGCUGCACAGAUGUUAGGACUGGCCCAAGGGUGCUUUGACCAUACAGUUCCCUACACAAAGGAGAGAGUCCAGUUUGGGAAAAGCAUCUUUGAUUUCCAGGGGAUGCAGCACCAGAUUGCCCAGGUGGCCACGCAGCUGGAGGCAGCCCGGCUGCUGACGUACAACGCGGCGCGGCUGGCGGAGGCGGGCAGGCCGGCCAUCAAGGAGGCCAGCAUGGCCAAGUACUUCACUGCUGAGGUUGCUACACUGACAACCAGUAAAUGCAUUGAAUGGAUGGGAGGUGUUGGAUUCACCAAGAAUUACCCAAUAGAAAAGUACUACAGGGACUGCAAGAUAGGUACAAUAUAUGAAGGAACUUCAAAUAUCCAGCUGAGCACAAUUGCAAAAUUCUUAGCACAGGAGUACUGAAACCAUAAGGACAUUUUUGAUACUACAUGAAAAUUAUUUCCCUGAACACUAAUUGUGAAUUACCUAUUUAUUUGUAAUUACAGAAAGCAUUGGUGACACCAUAAAUAAGAAUAAAUCAUCACAGUGAAAUCAUAGGGAAAACCAUGAAUUCCCCAUUUCAGGAGAAUGAGUCAUUUAUGUGCAAUCAAGAAUUCCACAUUCAAAUCCAAACUUCUUUCUGCCUGAGAGACUUCCAGGUGUUGGAUUUAGCUCCCUUAGGUCAUGCCAGCACUUGGAGAUUUCAAAGUGAAAAGAAAGGAAUCCAAGUCCCUGGCAUUUCUGUGAAUCCACCUGGGAGAAGGGACUCCCCACAUGCAGCAGAGCUGGUGUUUGGAGUGGGGCUGCAGUUGGGAUGUGCUGCCUGCAUUAGCAUGGGGUGCAAAGAGAGGGAAGUGGUGGUUUCCUCUCUCCCAGGUGGAGUGAUGUCUGUGGAGCUGCUGUAAUUGGAGUCAUUUUUCCAGCAGCCCUCAGUGUGUUCUUAAGGAUAUCUUUGUAAUUAAGCCCUUGCAGCCCCAAUUUGUACUCCUGAAAGGUGGAUAAUAUCCACCUCCCUUUCCAGCCUUCUCAGCUGUUAAGGGUUUUAAUCUAAGAGCCUAUUUAUAGUUCUCCUUUCAUAAAAGGUUGAGUUGAAAUCUUUCUGAAAUGGGGUUAAAAAAGCUCUAGUAGUUCUGCAAAAGGACAGAUACAAGCUGGGUAAUGGGAGUGCUGUGAUACUACCUCACAGUGGCCUUUCCACAUUCAAUGCAUUUUACAAACUUUAAAGGGGGGCACUGUUAAUUUGCAGCCUAGAAUUCCUUGCUCCUGGAAGUUAGUGGUUUUCUAGCACAGUUUUUCCCUUUUUUAAGAGAGAAGAGAGGGCAGGGGGUUGGGAAGUAUUUGCUUAUUUAUUUGUCUCUGUUUACUCUAAAAUUAGACAUUUUAUUUACAGCAGAACCUCUUCAGAGCUGGAGAGCUAAUUAACUAAUAAUCAAGAGACAGGAAGCUUAAUAUAUGAAAAAUCAUCCUAAUUGCUGUAAUUGGCAAUCUGUUUCAAGUGUUUUGGGGAGGGAAGGAUUGGUUUUCUGGUUUUGGCUGACUUAGAAGAAUCUCAUUUUUAAAGCUUGCCUUUCACUGAUGAUUCACUCUGAGUGGAGCUUAGAACAUUAUAGGCUGAGACUCCCAGAGGAUUUCCUAGCAAAAACCAGGGCAAGUGACACUUAACAAGUGGGAUUUGUAAAACAAGCAGUGCCUUUAGACAAAGAAACAAGCAAGGAUGAAAAGCACUAUUAAAAAGUUCUCUGACUUCAAAGGGAAGUAACUGCUUUAGUGAAUUAAUCCCUCUAUAUACAUGCUUUGCCUGUUAAUGGGCAAAGAAUUAUUGUGGUGAUUAUCCUUAUGCCAAUAAAAAAGCCCCUCCCAUAUCAGUUUGAUCAAGAGCUUUCAGGUUUUCAAAAAUACCAAGAGUAGGAAGGUAGACUAGAUGGUUUCUGAAGUUUUCUUCUGGCAAUAUUAUUAUUAAUCAUUAUCAUUAUUAAUACAUUUCAGAUUUGCUUGCAGGCUUUCUUUUAGCUGGAGAAAUUUAGAUUAGAAUUAAGACUACAGACACCACAACAUUUAACUACAGUUAUUCUGUUCAACACAGUCUAUCUCUGAAUCUAAAAUAAUCAUAAUCUCACUUCAAAAUGCUUGAGUUAAUGUUUGUUACUGUGCUGAGUGCCAAGGUGAGGCAGCUCUUGGCUGCUGAGGUUUAAUCUGCUUUGCUUAUGUGAAUGUUCACAGAAAACAGAGUUUGGUUUUUGCUGUGAUCUCCUGGUUUGAGACACUCUCAGCUUGGCAUCUGCAGUUUGGGUGAGACUGAGGACUGGCAAUACUUAACUGAUUCAAUACAGUGCCAGAAGCAAACCCUUUGUGGAGCAAAGUGCAGAGCUCUUUGAAGGACUGUUAAGGGCUGGAUAUCCAGGAUUAUGUAAAAAGACUCUGUGUAGAACUGUGUCAGGUAUCCAUUUGGAAAAAUAACCAGGAACAAAUGAGAUGAAUGUGAUUCCUCAUAGUCUGAUGUGGGAUUCCUGAGUCCAGGAAACAACCUGAGCAUCCUCAUCAGCUAUUCAACAGUAGCUGAUGAGCUUUUUUUUCUCAAUAAAGCAAGGUCAAGCCUUUAACUAAUGUUACAGCUGUAAAUAUUUCAUGUCUUUGUUAUGUAUGUUGUAUUUUGUACACAGUUUUGACAGAAAUAAAUAAUGUAAUGUAUUUGUAUACAAAAUUCUGUGGAGGAAUAUGUGCACAAAUCAAUUACAACCCCUGAGUAACUUUCCUUGUUGUUUUAAGAGGACAGAUACCUGUGUGGAGGGCAUUGGCUGCUCUGGUGACUGACUCUGGGGAGGGAUAACUUGGAGAGUCACAGGUUUGGGCUGAAGGGACCUUAGAUCCCCUGUUUUGGGCAGGGCCCCCUUCCACUAUCCCAGGCUGCUCCAAGCCCUGUCCAACCUGGCAUUAUUUCCUCCCCUCAAGCCUGGUUCUAUUGCUGCUCUGAACUCAGAUGUUUGGCUAGGAAUGAGAAGUGCUGUGCUGUUGUCCAGGAGCUGUUUAGAGCUGCCUGUGCUCCCUGUUCUGGUUUGGGACAGGCAUUUUUGGGUGGCAGUGAAUGGCAGUUCUACAUCUGGCACUGUGGGCACAGGCUGCAGAGCUGGUGUGGGCAAUGCUGGGAGGCUUUCUGAGCUUUUAAUCUGCUCUUUAUACUCAAUAUGUAUUUUAUUAGUGACUUUCCCCUUUUUAUGCCCUUAGUCCAUCCAGUCUGUUGUCCUGGCACAGUAGCUUCAGUAUCAAAUGUUGCAUGUGAGCAUCCCUGAUUAGAAGAAAAGUCCUGUAUUGAGAAUGUAUUAAAAAGUGCCUGAAUUUUGGAUUUGACUUGAUACAAUGCUAAUCUUGUAUAUCAGCUCAUGGUUCUCUAAUAUUCUAUCAUUUAAAAUUGUUACCAGAUCUUGCAGGUUUUGUACCAGGAGAGAGUGACUGUGUCAUGUCAGGUUUCUCUGGUUCUGUUCUGGUUGGUGAUCAAGGCAGAUCUCCACAGAAAGGUUUAAUCACUACUUGGAAAAUUCUCAAAUACAACAUUUUAUAUCAUC